UCUCGUUGCACACAACAGUGCGACAUUACUGUUUGCUUAGUCACUCCAAACUCCAGACUCCAAACUUCAAAGUGCAUAAUGUCUAUUUUUGGGUACGCCCAUUGAAUAGAAUACUCUGUGUCUAAUCAGAGACAGUCAGCACAGUUCGCAGAUUUUAUACAAUCCUACCAUUCCAACCAGCUCCGAUCGCAGGUUGCACUCCUAAAAAACUUUAUUACCCAUCACAACUUAAAUUUAUGCUCUACACGUUUGCUUUCUUUCUCUAAUCUUCGCUCCAUUUCUGAAAGCUUACUCUAGUUUUAUCCUUGUUAUUAUUAUCACUGUUAUUUGUGGAUAUAUAUUUCCGAACAUUCACUGCUCAAAUUUACACAAGGGUUUAUUGAAGAAGAACAACAACAAACAAAAAAGGGUUCUGGGUUUUGUUUUGAUUGAUCAAUGGCAUCUUAUGUGCCUCCUGGGGCACCUAGACCUGCCAGCAAUGCCAAUAAUCCUCCAUCAUCACACCCACCCCCUAAUUUUCGGGCUAAUCCCAAUUCAUUAGCUGAUAAUUUGCACAAUUUGAAUUUCAAUUCUGCUGCCCCUAGAGCUCCCUCCCCUUUGCCCGGGACGCCAUUUUCUAGACAGGCCACCCAGCCACGACCUCCAUCAGGACCCCCAUUUCCACCUACUUUUAGUCACCCCAACGAACCGAGCCCUUGGAUUGUUCCACCACCGGGUGCUCGCCCACCUCCUUUUGUUUCGAGUGCAUCACGUGGUUUGGCGAGUAACGGGCAGCCGGUGUUUGCCUCAGGGGCAUUGCCUGGUGGACAGUGGUUUCCUCCACUUGGCAGUGCACCACAACCCCCUGUCAGGCCUCCACCAACAAUGGCAAUGGCUCGAGCUCCUCCUCAGCCUCCAACCGCAACUUCUCGUCCCCUUAUGGGAAGUUCAUUGAUCAGAGCUCCUCCAGUGCAACCAGCAUCACCAUUUUCAGCAGCACCACAAGCCAGACAGCCACCUACUACUGCUUAUCCUUAUGGCCAGCCCACAUGGCCCUUGCAACCUGGGCAGGGGGCUCCACCUCCACCAAUUACUGGUUCUCCACAACCACCUAGAAUGUUUGGAAUGCCCCCACCACUACCAAAUCAGUCUAUGACUUCUGUAUCAUCUGCUGUGGGUCAAAUUGGAGCACCUGUGGCAGGGGCUUCAAAGAUUGAUCCCAACCAAAUUCCUCGGCCCAUUCCAAGUUCCUCAGUGAUCUUGCAUGAAACUCGUCAAGGCAAUCAGGCCAAUCCUCCUCCGCCUGCUACAAGUGAUUACAUUGUUAGAGACACUGGGAAUUGCAGUCCACGUUACAUGAGGUGUACCAUCAAUCAGAUUCCAUGCACUGAUGAUCUUUUGACAACAUCAGGGAUGCAGUUGGCUCUGAUGGUCCAACCAUUGGCCAUUCCUCAUCCAUCUGAGGAGACUGUCCAAGUUGUGGAUUUUGGGGAAAGUGGUCCUGUUCGAUGUUCUCGUUGCAAAGGCUAUAUAAAUCCUUUCAUGAAGUUCAUUGAUCAGGGAAGGCGGUUCAUCUGCAAUUUUUGUGGAUUUACUGAUGAAACUCCCCGUGAGUACCACUGCAAUCUAGGUCCAGAUGGUAGGCGUAGAGAUGCUGAUGAAAGGCCUGAACUGUGUAGAGGAACAGUUGAGUUUGUUGCUUCAAGGGAAUACAUGGUGCGUGAUCCAAUGCCAGCUGUGUAUUUUUUCCUCAUUGAUGUAUCCACGAAUGCCAUUCAAACUGGUGCAACUGCUGCUGCUUGUGGUGCAAUCAAUCAAGUUAUUGCUGACCUUCCUGAAGGUCCUCGAACAAUGGUGGGAAUUGCAACAUUUGACUCAACAAUCCAUUUUUACAAUUUGAAGCGUGCAUUACAGCAGCCACUGAUGCUCGUUGUUCCUGAUGUACAAGAUGUUUAUACUCCUUUGCAAACUGACCUUGUUGUUCAGCUUUCCGAGUGCCGUCAACAUUUAGAGCUACUUCUGGAGAGCAUUCCAACCAUGUUUCUGGAAAAUAGAACUGCUGAAUCAGCCUUUGGUGCUGCCACCAAGGCUGCUUUCAUGGCAAUGAAGAGUACUGGAGGAAGGCUUUUGGUAUUUCAGUCAGUCUUGCCAUCAAUUGGCAUUGGUGCCCUUUCUGCAAGAGACGCUGAAGGAAGAACUCACCUCUUUGCAGGGGAGAAGGAGGCCCAUAAAUUACUUCAACCUGCUGACGAAACAUUAAAGGCAAUGGCAAUUGAAUUUGCUGAGUAUCAGGUCUGUGUUGAUGUAUUUAUCACUACCCAGACUUAUGUAGACAUUGCUUCUAUUGCUGUCAUCCCAAGAACCACUGGAGGGCAGGUAUAUUAUUAUUACCCCUUCUCAGCUGUUUCUGAUCCUGCAAAACUUUACAAUGAUCUUAGAUGGAACGUGACAAGGCCUCAAGGUUUUGAGGCAGUGAUGCGCGUGAGAUGCAGCCAGGGUAUUGAAGUUCUAGAAUACAAUGGAAACUUCUGCAAACGCAUGCCAACUGAUGUUGACCUUCCUGGGAUUGACUGCGACAAAACCGUUAUGGUUACCUUAAAACAUGAUGAUAAUUUGAAGGAUGGCUCAGAAUGUGCUUUUCAGUGUGCCCUUCUUUACACCACCGUCAAUGGACAAAGACGAAUUCGAGUUACUACAUUAUCUCUGCCAUGCACAAGUAUACUAAGUAAUCUUUUCCGCUCGGCUGAGUUGGAUACUCAAUUUGCAUGUUUCUUGAAGCAAGCGGCAAGUGAAAUCCCUUCCAGGCCACUUUUGCUUGUCAAGGAUCGAAUGACAAACCUUUGCAUCAACAUUCUGCUUUCUUAUCGUAAAUUUUGUGCUACAGUGACAUCUUCUGGACAACUUAUUCUUCCUGAGGCACUUAAGCUUCUGCCUCUGUACACCCUUGCAUUAAUUAAGAGUAAGGGAUUACGAACUGAUGGGAGAAUAGAUGAACGAUCAUUCUGGAUCAACUAUUUGUCAUCCAUUUCUACUCCACUGGCAAUUCCAUUUGUGCACCCCAGGAUGGUGGCUAUCCAUGACCUUAAUUCAAAGGAGGGUGAUCAAUCUCUUGUUCCUCCUGUGAUUUCGCUUUCUACUGAACACGUGAAUGAUGGGGGAAUUUAUCUUCUUGAGAAUGGUGAGGAUUGUUUAAUAUAUAUUGGGAACUCAGUGGAUUCAGAUAUCUUGCAACAGCUAUUUUGCAUUUCCUCAGUUGAUGAAAUUCCAGCUCAGUUUGUGCUGCAGCAAUAUGACAAUCCAUUAUCAAAGAAGCUAAAUGAUUUGGUAAACGAGAUACGGCGCCAAAGAUGUUCCUACCUCCGCUUGAAAUUGUGCAAGAAAGGAGAUCCAUCAGGUAUGCUGUUCUUUUCAUAUAUGAUAGAAGACAAGAGCUCAAGUGGCCUCUCCUAUGUUGAGUUUCUAGUACACGUCCACCGGCAAAUUCAACUUAAAAUGUCAUCAUGAUCAUACUUUGCACCUUUCAGUUUAAUUUAGAAGUUUCAAUCACCUUCCUCAAAUACACAGUACAGAUAACAUUCAACGAAAUAUCAGAUCCUUGCUACACACUGUCCAAUUGCCCUGCCAAGCAAGCAGCACCGACUUUUUGCGUUUAGGGAGUGUAAAAGUGUACAGUUUUAAUGGUGGUAAUAAAUUCCCCUUUAUAUAUUUAGUUUUUUUACUCCACUUUCUUUUUGUUUUUUGGGCACUAUAAGAGCCCUGCAUAAAUGGGGAAAAUGUAUGAACAGAUGAUUGAAAAUGUAAGAUCCCCUCAAGAAGAGGUGAAAGAUGUAUGAACAGUUGGUUGAUUUAGAAAUGGAUAAGUUUAAGUUGA